UACCAAAAUAAGCAGUGUAUCAUGCACACAUAGCACUGUGUGUUAUAUAGUCGAAAAUACACUUACUGUAUUUACAGUGCAAGUACAGAAUAAGAUCUACCAUUUGUCAUUGUUUCUGCAAAGAUUACCACGAUUCUUUAGCUUAAUUCAAGUUUGUUUGUGUACCAUAUGGCUGUCCCAUACCAUAGUGGGAUGAUCGAUAGGAAAAAAAAGGAGUUCAUUGGGUUUGUCAUCCUCGCUCUCUCUCUGUCCCUCUCUCCCUCUUUAGCAGUCACCCUCCCUCUUACCUAUCCGGCCACUUUAGUGCUUAUUUAUCCACAGGAUCCUCCCUUGUUCCAUCGUGACAGCGUUUCCGACGAUUUUUAUCCAAACCAUCGGAUAUUGGACAGCAUGUGUUUCGUCUUUCUGCCUCGGUGAUGAAUGAUUUGUGCGAAAACACCGCUCUCGAUCCGCCGCCGCUGUGAUGAUGGAGAGGCGGUGCGUGUCAGAGCGGGGCGGCUAGAGGCCCAACAGAGCCCCGCGCUGGAUUUACAGCCUUGACAGAGCGACUGAACACCAACAACGGAUUACCUCAGAAAAACUCUCCGUAUAAAUCAUUGAAUCUAAAGAGAAGCUAUAAACAGAUCAAAUGAAGGUCUGAAAUAUGAUGGACAUUUACAUUUACAAGUGUCCCUAACAACAGACCAAGGAGAGAAGGAGGUUGACAAUUAUUGCUUCCCUUGUUGACUUUGUGAGGAUUACAAAUCAUGCCUCCAAGACCCUCUUCGGGAGAGUUAUGGGGCAUCCAUUUGAUGCCCCCCAGGAUUUUGGUGGACUGUCUGCUGCCCAAUGGCAUGAUCCUGACACUAGAGUGCCUCCGGGAGGCUACGCUCAUAACAAUCAAACAUGAACUGUUUAAGGAGGCUAGGAAAUACCCCCUACACCAUCUGCUGCAGGAGGAGACCUCUUAUAUUUUCGUCAGUGUAACGCAAGAGGCAGAGCGAGAGGAGUUCUACGAUGAGACCAGAAGACUCUGCGACCUUCGGCUUUUCCAGCCAUUCCUAAAAGUUAUCGAACCUGUAGGGAACAGAGAGGAAAAGAUCCUCAACAGAGAAAUUGGUUUUGCCAUUGGCAUGCCAGUGUGUGAGUUUGAUCUAGUGAAGGAUCCUGAGGUGCAGGACUUCAGGAGAAAUAUCCUUAAUGUCUGCAAGGACUCAGUAGAGUUGCGGGACGCCAGCGGGGCACACAGUCGAGCACUAUACGUUUAUCCUCCUAACGUGGAGUCUUCACCAGAGCUUCCAAAGCAUAUAUAUGGCAAAUUAGACAAAGGUCAAAUCAUUGUGGUCAUCUGGGUGAUCGUCUCGCCCAACAACGACAAGCAGAAGUACACACUAAAGAUCAAUCACGACUGCGUACCUGAGCAGGUGAUCGCCGAAGCCAUCAGGAAGAAAACCAGAAGCAUGCUGCUGUCAGCCGAGCAGCUAAAGAUGUGCGUGCAGGAAUAUCAGGGCAAAUACAUCCUGAAGGUCUGCGGCUGUGACGAGUAUCUUUUGGAAAAGUACCCCAUCAGUCAGUACAAGUAUGUACGGAGUUGCAUUAUGCUGGGUCGCUUGCCAAACCUCAUGCUUAUGUCCAAGGACAGUCUUUACUCUCAGCUGCCGAUGGACAACUUCACCAUGCCCUCCUAUUCCCGCCGCAUCUCCACCGCCACGCCUUACAUGAACGGAGAGGCCUCCACCAAAUCUCUCUGGACCAUUAACAGCACCCUUAGGAUACGGGUCCUCUGCGCAACAUACGUUAAUGUGAACAUUCGGGACAUUGAUAAGAUUUAUGUGCGGACGGGGAUCUACCAUGGUGGAGAACAGUUGUGUGAUAAUGUCAACACGCAGCGUGUCCCGUGUUCAAAUCCGAGGUGGAACGAGUGGCUGACUUAUGACAUGUACAUUCCUGACAUCCCCCGGGCGGCUCGUCUCUGUCUCUCCAUCUGUUCUGUGAAAGGAAGGAAGGGGGCAAAAGAGGAGCACUGUCCACUGGCCUGGGGAAACGUCAACCUGUUCGACUACACACACACUCUGGUCUCAGGAAAGAUGGCACUGAAUCUGUGGCCUGUACCACACGGCCUAGAAGACCUGCUUAACCCCAUCGGUGUCACAGGCUCCAACCCUAACAAGGAAACCCCAUGUUUAGAGCUGGAGUUUGACUAUUUCAGCUCACCUGUUAAGUUCCCUGACAUGGCUACAAUUGAGGAUCACGCUAACUGGAUAAUAUCCAGAGAGAUGGGAUACAAUUACUGCCAGUCUGGACAGAGCAGUAGAGUGGCACGAGACCAUGCAAUGACAGAGGCAGAUAUAGAGCAACUUCGGCAGCUGGGAAACAGGGACCCGCUUUCUGAGAUCACUGAGCAGGAAAAAGACUUCCUAUGGAGGCACAGGCAGUAUUGUGUAAAUAUACCAGAAAUCCUGCCCAAGAUUCUGCUGGCGGUGAAGUGGAAUUCCAGAGAUGAAGUUGCACAGAUGUAUUGCCUUCUGAAAGAUUGGCCUGCAAUAAAGCCGGAACAAGCCAUGGAGUUGCUUGACUGUAACUACCCUGAUCCAAUGAUCCGAGACUUUGCGGUUCGGUGCCUUGAGAAGUAUCUAACCGAUGACAAACUCUCGCAGUACCUCAUUCAAUUGGUUCAGGUUUUGAAGUACGAGCAGUAUCUUGAUAACCCACUGGUGCGAUUUCUGCUAAAAAAAGCUCUCACCAACCAGAGGAUUGGGCACUUCUUCUUUUGGCAUUUGAAGUCAGAGAUGCACAAUAAAACUGUGAGUCAGCGGUUUGGCCUACUGCUGGAGUCGUACUGCCGCGCGUGUGGCAUGUACCUGAAGCACCUGAGCAGACAAGUGGAGGCCAUGGAGAAGCUCAUCAACCUCACAGACAUUCUCAAACAGGAGAAGAAGGAUGAAACUCAGAAGGUGCAAAUGAAGUUUCUAGUGGAGCAGAUGAGGCGACCAGACUACAUGGAUGCCCUCCAAAAUUUCACCUCUCCACUAAACCCUGCCCACCAGCUGGGGAACCUACGACUUGAAGACUGCAGAAUCAUGUCCUCUGCCAAGAGACCGCUCUGGCUGAACUGGGAAAAUCCUGACAUCAUGUCCGAACUUCUCUUCCAAAACAAUGAGAUCAUCUUCAAGAACGGAGAUGAUCUGCGGCAAGACAUGUUGACGCUUCAGAUCAUCAGAAUAAUGGAGAACAUUUGGCAAAAUCAGGGUCUGGACCUGAGAAUGCUCCCCUAUGGCUGCUUGUCUAUUGGAGAUUGUGUGGGUCUCAUCGAGGUGGUAAGAAGUUCUCACACCAUCAUGCAGAUUCAAUGUAAAGGAGGCCUGAAGGGUGCGCUGCAGUUUAACAGUACAACGCUGCAUCAGUGGCUAAAAGACAAGAACAAGGGUGAAAUGUACGACAUGGCUAUAGACUUGUUUACGCGAUCCUGUGCUGGCUAUUGUGUGGCCACUUUCAUUCUGGGUAUUGGUGACAGGCACAACAGUAACAUCAUGGUGAAGGAUGAUGGGCAGCUGUUUCAUAUAGAUUUUGGUCACUUUUUGGACCACAAGAAGAAGAAGUUUGGCUACAAGCGAGAGCGAGUGCCGUUCGUCUUGACUCAAGACUUCCUAAUUGUGAUCAGCAAAGGAGGAACCCAGGAGUGCACUAAAACCAGAGAGUUUGAGAGGUUUCAAGAGAUGUGCUACAAGGCAUACCUGGCCAUCCGACAGCAUGCCAACCUCUUCAUCAACCUCUUCUCCAUGAUGCUGGGCUCAGGAAUGCCGGAGCUGCAGUCCUUCGACGACAUCGCUUACAUCCGCAAGACUCUGGCAUUAGACAAAACCGAGCAGGAAGCCCUGGACUAUUUCAUGAAGCAGAUGAAUGACGCUCACCAUGGCGGAUGGACCACCAAGAUGGACUGGAUCUUCCACACCAUCCGUCACCAUGCCCAAAACUGAGCCCAAUGGUGGAACUUAGGGCCGGAAAACAGGCAGAAGCCAAACUCUUUUUGCAGGAUGCACUGCCUGAUUGAUGCCAUGGAGAAAAAUGGCACCCAAACCUCAUGUACAAAUGACCUUCAGAGCACUAAAACAACCCAGAAGGACAUCUUUUUUUUGGUGUUGUCCUUUUUGUUUAUUUUCUUUUUGUCCCAUAUGAGGCAUCUUUUGCCAUUGUCCAGCUUGGUUUUACAUUAUAGCUGUAGUUUUGUCAUACUUUUUUUUAUUCUCUCCCCCUUGUGCUGCUCUUUUCCUGGAGAGUCAACUCUACUUGUCAUCAUUUGUUAUUAUUAUUAUUAAUAUAUAUAUAUAUAUAUAUAUAUAUAUAUAUUUUUUUUUUUUUCUGCGGAAAACAAACCUUCAACAAAAAACAAACAUUCUGCACUCUUCAGGAGCUUUUGUGGGGAUGUUCAUGUCUUCCUGUUUAAAACUACAAAUGCCUUCUAAUAUGCACGGAACCUCUGAGAACACUAGAAAACAAACGAAAGAAAAAAAAAAAAAACAGGGUAUGAAACUUGGUCUGCUACAUGGCCUUUCCUCUCAAAACCAACACUAACCCCUGAAAGGCAGCCGAGGCGUAGCAGUGCGAAUCUGAUGGUGCUGAUUUUGGAAUUGCGCUCUUGCCCUUUUGAGUUCAGUUUGGCCCCCGCUGGCCUUUACAAUAGACGGACAGGAUUUUGUUCUCCUUUCUUCCUUAUAUGCACAGCGAGCUAAAAUGAUAGCCUGAAUACCUUAUAUUAUGCACUGGACGUGAAUAUUUUCAUUACGUUUUUUUAUUAUUAUUAUUAUUACGAUCUCACAUUUUGGCCUGUCCGUAGCACUACACGAGUCUCAUAUUCCGUAUACAGACUUUUAAAACAUGUUUUCAGUAUGCACGUUACACACUAUUUAAUAGCAGUACAGAUACUUUUGAAAUCAGAAGAAUUAUUAUUAUUGAUGGCCAGUAUUGGUGGCGAUGUAAACAGAUGAGUUCUGAUUCAAUCGAUCACAUAUUUGACACCAUAUUUGACUACCAAUGGGUAACAAAAUGGCUAAAAAUUGGCAAACUAAUAACCCAGGCCUUUAUAUAUCAGUCUGACACUAAUAAGAAAACAUUUAAAAAAUUUUUCGCUCACAGAUGAGUGAUGAUUUUGCUGUUCCAGUGUGUGAAACAUCACAGGGAUCCAGGUUAUCUGCUUUCUGUGUUUUUCUCUGUUGAUUUUACAUUCAUCCAUCCGAAUGCUCUGGCAGCAGAUAUAUGAAGCCUUAAAACACACUCACUUAGUAUGAAUGGAUAUUAGUGUCCUCCAUUUGCCUUCGCAUGCCGGAAGAAAGCAAACGCUUGUCCCCUAAGCAGUUGCGAAAGAUCAGAUUUGUUUUUCCUCCCCCUCAGUUGAGUCGCUGUAUCUCUGGGUACUUUUAUUCCACUACACAGAAUUUACAGGUUUGUUCAGGAAGCAUUAAGACGGUGCUAUGUAGUUAGACAUUAUAUUGAAAGAUUCUACAGACGAAAUGGAUGUUUUUUUAGACGGUGAAAUGGCUUUUAGAUGCUUCAAGUGGAUGACGCUGGUAACAUUUUGUUUACCGACAACACUACAGUACAGUGCAUUAUAAUACAUGCUUAUAUAUAUAUAUAUAUAUAGAUGUGUAUAUACACAUUCUUUACCUCCUCAAUGUCUCCUCAAUGUCAGACAAUAUUUGAUCAUUAAAUUAAAAAAUAUGAGAAAAAAAGAUUUAAAAACAAAGGAACACUUUACUUUUUUGGAAAUAGCCUCAUUUUAUAAGUCACCCAGAGUUAAAUAGUUGAAUUUGAUCAUUUUUAAAUCCAUUCAGCAGGUCUAUGUGUCUGGCUGGAGCACUUUUAGCUUAGCAUAAAUCAUUGAAUCCGAUUAGAUCAUAAGCAUCGUGUUUAAAAAUUCAGAAGAGUUUUGAUCCAUUCUCUUUUUGACUGAUGGAAAGUCAAAAGUUUAUGUUUUGUAGGUCUAUAUGGCUUGGAUCUAUGUCCUCAAUUCAAAACUCGUUAUUUUAACUUUUUUUUUGAGCAAUAUGCUAAUGGUCUAAUCCGAUUCAAUGAUUUAUGCUAAGCUAAGCUAAAAACACACUGCCAGACGCAGAGAUUGUCUGAAAGAAUUCAAAAACUGAUUAAAAUUAGGUGAUUUAAACAAGUGAAGAGCUAAUUUAAAUGACAUUUUUGAAUCAAACUAACACAGGGGUGCCUAAAUUCAGUCUUGGAGGAUCGGUGGCCUGCAUAGUUUAGAUCCAAACACAAUCAGACACACCUAAGCUAGAUGAUCAAGCUCUUAGUUUGCUAGAAAUCUCCUGGGAGGUGUGUUGAGGCAAGUUGGAGCUAAACUCUGCAGGACACCUUUGGGCACCCCUGAACUAACCAAUCAGCGCCCUCUUGAGUCAGGUUAAGUGCCUUGAUUAGGGCAUACCGACAGUGUUGUGAUCAAUCUGUUCCCUAUGACACUUUAGAUUGGACAAUUUCAAUCUUUUAUAUGCUACAGAGCAAAAUGAAACCCCCAAAUAAAAAAAAAAGAACACACACAAAAGAAGAUAUUUCGCAGAAUGUCCAAGCAACAUUGGACCCCAUUGACUUUGUGUGUUAAAAAAAAUUAAUAAAUGGAAAGAUGUGCGUGUUUAAAAAAUUAAAAUGACAGCUUUAAAUCAAACUAACCCAGGGGUGCCAAAAUUCGAUCCCGCCUAGUCUAGAUCCACCCCUAAUCAGACACACCUAAGCUAGCUAAUCGAGCUCUUAGUAGGCUUGCUAGAAGUCUGCCAGGUGUCUUAAGGCAAGUUGGAGCUAAACUCUGCAGGACACAGGUUUGGGCACCCCUGAACUAACCAGUCACCGCCCUCUUGAGUCAGGUAAAGUGCCUUGAUUAGGGCAUACUGACAGUGAUGCGUUCAAUCUGCUCCCUAUAACACUUUCGAUUGGACCUUUUAUAUACUACAAAUCAAAAUAAAACCCUGUGUCAUUCCAAAUUUAAAAAACACAAAACAAGAUAUUUCGCAGCAUGUCCAAGCAACAUUGGACCCCAUUGACUUUGUGUGUUAAAAAAAAAACGUAAAUGAAAUGGAAAGGCGUGCGGAUGAGUAAAUCUAAUACAUGUUGGAUUCAUCUAUAUUUUCUCUUUAUAUGUCUACUCUUGUCAAAGCCCUUGUCAUGUUCCUGCAUUACUUUAAAGCUGUGAAAAUGUACAUUUUACAAAUGAGGUGCAAUCGUGCUAUUGAAGCGAAUAUAUGGAUACUGGCAGGAGCACUGAGUACUAUUUUUCUCUCGUGAUGUUUUACGUUGGCAAGCCAGUGAUCAUACUCGCAUAACCACCUGAGAUCUAAAUGAUAGAUGUAGGAAAAAACUGAAGGAAAGAACAGAUGCUCAUUCCCUCCGUCGCUUAAUGAGAAAUGCAAGAGUCUACAUUAAGUGCUUAAUAAUUAUGCAUUCAUUUGCUAUACAUCUUGUGUAAAAAAAAACAAAACAAACACAAAACUUUUGUCGUAACUCUUAUAUGCAGUAAACAGAUUGACACUUGGCGUAUGCAGGUGGUUCUUGCACUUUGUAUUCCUUCGUUUUUAUGUUUUGUUCGUUCUCUCUUUGCCUUCAGACGCUUUGAUGCAUGUGUUUUUAUCCCUACAAGCUCAUUUACUGCCUGAGAUGGGCUAUAUUAGAGCUUAGUCAGCCUUAUGUUAGCUCUCCUAAAGCCAUUUAAUGCAUGCUUUUGUGUUUCGUCUGUACAGGUUACAGAUCUACUUGGGCUGGACCCGCUAAAAAGCCCAUUCACAGUUUCGUUUUUGUAAUGACUCGCAAACUAUUGAGAUGCAGAAGUUCUGGAGUCUUUUUGUAUGACUAGAAAAACCUUAGAAAAAAAAAUGUUUAAUGAGUUUCAGUUGUUGUACUUGAACAUGUCAUCGCUCAGAUUUGUCUUUGCGUGUCGACAACAAAGCCGUCAAUGUUACAUAGCACUGAAGGUUUACCUGCAUAGGCGAUUUCAUACCGAUUGUGAAUGUUUCAAUGGUUUGUUCUGGAGUCUCUUUAUUGUUAGGAACUCUACGACACCAGUAAAUAUAAAAGAGAGAACGUUUACCAUGUGAAAUCAGAGGAAAUUUAAAAAAUAAUGUACAUUUGUUUGCUAUAUGUGAAGUUUGUCAGAUGGAGGAUAUAGAAAAAUCUAUUUAAUGGAAGGUCAAGGCGUCUUUGGUUUACUUUAUUAUGUUUUCGAAUGCUUUGAGUGGUUACAUUCUCUCUCGGUAUUGCUGUUGCAUUUUUACUCCUUUACUUGAUGUCAUACAGGUAUCUUUACUUUAUUAUCACUAUUACGAAAUUAUAUAUAGCGGGCCAAAUACUUUCUUUACCUCCUUCCUUCCUUCCUUGCAUGAGAUUAAAAAAAAGAAAUUUAAAACGAGACUAAAGUCGCCCUAGUAUUUUGGAUUAUUUGUAGACGUAAGGGAUUUUUUGGCCUAUGACUGCACUCAGUAGAAACCAUCUAUAAACUGCCAUCAGUUACAAAGCCUCAUCCUCAGUUCUAUUCAAACGUAGCUUUGUAUCCAGUCUGUCUUCAAUAUUUUGAGUGUUAUGUGACUCUGUACAAAUAAACGUAUUUCAAGAAAAGUG